UUAGGAACAAAUGUACAGUUUUACAUUAGUAAAGCUAUCGUUGAUGUCUUGGUUAUUUGCGAACUUGAUAGUAUACGCCUCCCGUUGUUACUGGCUGAACUUCCGCAAUUUGUCCCGUACCCUGGCCGUUUGUAUAAUACUGUUGAAGUUUUCCAUCGC